GCGUGGUCCUUCACGAUGUCGUCGAUCCGCGUCCGCGCGACCAACAAGCUCAUGGCCAAGCUCGGCGCGACCAAGCCGAGCAAGAACACGCAGUUUGACAUGGCCCACGCCGGCUUUGAGGAGCUCCAGUCGGGUGUCGUCAACCUCGACAACGCGUUGCAAGGCUUCAUCCUCUCGCUCAAAGGUUUCCAUGCGUCGGCCAACGUGCUCUUACGCGCGGUCGAAGACGUGGCCAGCGUGCGCGGCUCGGACAAUGCGGGCGCGGCGCCCGAGGUGCGGCAGUUCAUCGAGGUCUUCAAAGCGUGCUCGCUGAGCAUCGACAUCUCCAAGCUCAAUGAACUCGUCAAGACGUUUGAGACGCGCGUGCAAAAGCCGUCGCAAGGCUGGCUGCACCAGGUCGCGCAUCUCAAGACAGAGAUCGAGGACUUUAACGAGAGCCACAUUACGUUCGACCACUACACGAAGAAAGUGCAGACGCUGCGGGAUGCGCACAACAAGCGGGCGGGCGCGGGCAAGCAGGAGAAGAGCAAGGACGUCGACAAGCUCCACCGCAACGAACAAAAGCUUGUGAGCAUCUCGACCAACUACAACAAGACAUCCGAGAAAACGGUCCAGGACCUCCGCACGUUUCUGCACAACCGCGACGCGACCUUGCUGCCGCUCGUCCAGCGCAUCAUUGAGUUUCGCCUCGCGCACGCCAAGGACAUGUACGACUUGACGGCCAAGAUGGAACCACUUCUGCACAUCUCGAGCUUCAACGAGCACCUCGCGCGCCUCGAGUCGUUUGCACCGAGCGGCCAUGACAGCGCGAUACCGCCGGCGACCCGCGCCGACGACGAGCCCGACGUGACCGUGACCACGUUGAGCUUUAGUGAUUUCGUUGGACCGACGAGUGCGUCACCGGCACCGGCGUCCCCGACGGCGCCCACCGCCGAUUUUUCCAGGCGCCAGCGCCGCAACCCGGCAGCGUCAACGCGCCUCCAAUGUCGACGGGAAGCUCGUGGCAAGACUUUAACGCGCCGUCGUCAUCGCCGGCGUUCGAGGCGUCGUUUGCAUCGGCGUCCGGGCAACACAUUACGACGAGCACCGUCGCCGGGAGUCGCACGAGCUUCAACUCGACGACGACCGCGGCGCGCACCGGUAGCAUCAAGGCCGACGGCGGGUUUCCAGCCUUCCACGCAUCGGAAGAAACGACGUUCAACCCGUUUGCGGCAACACCACCGCCGGCGUUCGGUGAUGCGCCACCGAUGAAUCCGUUUGCAGCGACGGCGUUUCCGCCGCCGCCGCCGCCGACGACGACGACGCAAGAUUCGUUCAACUUUAUGCAGUAGCAGCCACUUCUUCCACGUGGCUUCUCCAUACAUACCAUGCAUGUGCAGACAAAAGAGCUCGAUGAGGAUCAAAUAACACAUCUUCUUAAAGUGUGGUG